CUUCUCCUCAAACCAUCGUUGAAGAUAGCCAGCUCUGUCACUUCCCGAGAAUGAGUCUUCGACAAAUUCCGCGCCGCCUAUCGUUGGAGGAACGCCUCGAGCACGCGGCGUCUAUCACGAAUCUCGCGAUGCUGCGCACAUCCUCCGAGCCUUUCCACAUACAAAUCCAAACGAUCAAGUGGCUCACAUUUCUUCUGGAGUCUGAACUUAGAUCCCUUCCUCCCGACGACGAUUUCACCCGCAAGAAGAUCCUGGCACAGCUCGACACCAACCGGCUCAUCCUCGCUCCCAUCCGCCGCCUACCUCUCGAGCUAUUGUCCUACAUUUUCUCCCUUGUAGUCAAGAAAUCGCCAUUGCGUACUGUCAAUAUCGCCGCUGCCCUCUCGCGCAUCUGCGCCGCAUGGCGGAAAGUCGCGCGUGCGCAUCCGGCGUUGUGGACGACGGUGUACGUGGAGAAUCUGAAUGACUUUGAUGAGUACCGAGAACUGUUCCUUCCUUUGACAAAGGAUAGGCCUCUUGAGCUGCGGUGCGAUGACCUCGAAAUCCUGGAAGACUUGUGGGAUCGCAUGGCACCGUAUGCGCCUCGCUGGCGCCGUAUCACACUUGGGGCUCGCCAUGGCAGGCUACCAGAUCUCCAGGUUCUCCACAUGGAGAGCCUUGAGCGCUUGGUUGUCUUCGCAUACGAUGCGCCUAUCUCCUCGGAACUCAGUGUACUCGAUUUCGUCGUCGCACCGCGCCUUUGCCACAUCGGACUUACGCUUGACGUGCUGCAGAGCAAGCGUCAGCUUCACGUCCCCGUGGCGCGGACCCUCAAGUCCCUGAUGAUCGAGACGAUAGAGCCGUUCCCCAUCACUCGUGUUUUGCCCCUGCUCCUGGAGUGCGCGGCCACAUUGCGAGUUCUCACCCUCAAAAUUCGCGACCCUUUGGGGGGUACCGAAGGCUCAUCCCCCGCCUGCGCGUCCGAUAUACUCGUCAUGCCUGUCCUUACCGACCUCAGAGUCAAUGACUCUGCCUGCGCGCUGCUCUAUCACAUCACUACGCCCCUUCUCGAGGAGCUCGUCCUCAGUACCGUACCAGCAUAUGGCUCCCACAUGUUGCUGCAGUUCCUGACUCGAAGUCAGGCGUCGCAUCAUCUAUUGGACUUCAGGGUCUACAAGACGGAAGAACGAGAUGCGUCUACAUGGUUCCCCUGCGUCGAGCUCAUGCACAGUCUCAGAGAUCUGCACUUCGACGAGCUACUGUCGAACGAAGACUUCCUGGAGCGCAUGGUCCUACACGCGGACAAACCUCCCAUCUUGCCCUCGCUUAACAAGAUCGCCAUAAGUAACAUUUACUACCGACACAUAGAGCUGCGGGGGCUUAUUCGCGAGAUGUGUAAGUCGAGGUCGACGAUGAUAACCAUAGGCGGACAUCGGGCGUCUCUAACCCUCAACUGGCUGGCGGAUUAAGCCGGUACUGGACUAGUGUGUGGAUCUUUGUCGUCUGUUCUUGGAUGAUGUUUGAAAGAUAUUACAGUCUUCGCCAUCAAUCUCAUGACGCGUGGCGGCCAGAGGGGCCAAUCAUGGAGGUCAUUAGUGGAAGAAUACGGAUGGAGAAGAUAUCUAGGGAGCGGAUUCGGGGUGCGCACCGCCAAAGAACACAUUUACGACUUCGUCCUGGUAUAAGCGGUUUCGGUGAAAAGUUUUGUCCUGCCAUCUUUGUCGUAGCCAGAUGCAAUUAGCGGAGUUAUUUCUC